AAAAAAAAAAAAAAAAAAAAAAAAAAAAAAAAGAGAAACGCUCUGUUGAAAAACGAGACGAGGAGCGAAGCGGAGGGGAGAAACUCACCGGCACCGGGGGCCAAGCGUCUACAACAAAGCCUGCCAUAAAAGUGAAUGAGAGAGCAGACAUCCACCUCCAGCCACUGAGAGAACAGACUCUGCGUUUUUGAGCCAGUGUGUCGCAGAAACAGAAGCGCAGAUGGACACCCGGAGCACCACUGAAGAGAAACCUGUCCAGCGAUCUAAGUCCUUCAGCUUUAAGACCCAAAAGGAAGUCUGUUCAUCAUGUGGGAAGACGGUCUACCCAAUGGAGAGAUUGGUUGCCAACAACCUGGUCUUCCAUUCAACAUGCUUCUGCUGCAAGCAUUGCAAUGCCAAACUCAGCCUUGGCACCUUUGCGGCUCUUCAAGGUGAAUUCUACUGUAAACCCCACUAUCAGCAGCUGUUCAAAAGCAAAGGCAACUACGACGAGGGCUUUGGACGCAAACAGCACAAAGAGCUCUGGGCCUCCAAGGAGACAGAAAAUAUAACAAAGACAGCAUAAUCAUGUCUGCCUUUCCCUUCCCAGCCCUGCAUCUUCCUUUUCCUCCUCCUAACACCUCCAAUACAUCACGAUGAACACAUGCCUCAUAGGCUGGGGCACUGUUAAAUUACCCACGCACUCACUUGCUUUUUAAAUGCCAUCAAAACAGAUACAUGCACAAACAGCUAGGAAAUGACUGGCCAGUCAUAAUUAUACCACUUAAGAAAUAAUAUUGGGGAUAUAUUUUGGGUUUGGUUUUAAUGAUAUCUGUAUUUUCGUAAUUUUAUUUUCCUCUUUGGAAUUGGUAGUUGAUUGUGACCAAAAGACUUCUCCAGUAUGGGAAGUAUAAUAAUAAUAAUAAUAAUAACAAUAAUAAUAAUCACUUUUAUUUGGAUUUUCUUAUUCUUUUGAAUGAUUUCCACCCUUUUUUUCAACAAUUAAACCGUAUGCUCAGGCAAACAACAUAGGGGUUACAGAGCAUCCAUGUUUGGCAGUAGAGCGUACACUCAGGUCAAUUUUCACCCAAGGAUUUCAACAAAAAAAAAUAAAUACUCCAUGGUUUUCACUCAUUUUAACAAAACACAAAUCAAAAUAAUAUUCCUCAGUAUUGUGACUUUGCUGUCAAGUUUGUCAGGUUAUAUAUAUUUGAGGAACAAACAGGGUACAGAGUACUGUAAAAUAACCGCACACAUCAGCAACAGCUCACCUCUCGUGUUUUCAUUUUUGUGUUUUAUGGUUCACGUCAUCCCAUGGUUUCGUUUCGUUUUAUCGACCACUUUGAAUCUUAUCCUUGCAUGUUGGGAUGACUGGGUCUUAAUAGCCUUAUCUUAUGACUGUAACGAUCUUUUUUGUGUUGUGAAUGGUUUUAUUUGUUCCAUUGAUGCAUAGGAAAUCACCUUUUAAAGUUUUUAGAAGCACUUGAGUUUGGAUUUGAUUGAUGUCACGGCAUAAAUUGAUCCUCUCUGAGCUUUUAUGGUGAAAUUUAAAUGGAAUUCUCAGACUGUGUUUUGUAUACUAUCUGUACAUAGAUCUGUAGUUUGUGAUUAGUGAACAUUCCCCACCAUGCUGUACUCUCGUCUUUGCACAUAUGACCACACACGAUCACCAGACAAGAUGUUGAUAAUCACAGAGAAACUGAGGCCUCGUGCGUAAACAUCCCUCGCUCCGUCAUAUGGAACAUUUUAGGAAGAGCUGUAAACGCUUGAGUAAAUAGAUUACAGUUGCGUUUCUGUGUCACAUGAGGAUGUUGAUGGACAGAGCUUAAGCCUUGCAGGAAAUCGCACAGUUUGGUUCUUUCAUCAUUUCACACUUGUCAGUUGUUGCCGUCUUGUGAUGACUUCUCCCUUGCUGUAUUUGAGUGUGUUCAUAUAACUGAACCGUUUUUAUGGGGAUGUAGACAGAUCCGAGUGUCUUGAACAUCCAUUGUUAUUUGUUCUCCCCUAGUACCAUCUAGUUAGCGUGGACAGGUUUCCCCUUUUAGAUAAAUGCCUUCCUGUUCAAAUCUCCUGUCUUAUGAGCUAAAUACAUCUUAGCUAAAUACCUGGACCUAUUUCUAAAAACUGAGGUGUCUAAAGGAGGGUUUGUCACAGUAUUGGUCCCCUGAUGUGCUCCUGCAUGCUGCAUGCCAAACCCAGUGCAGAGCACACUCUGCUGGGGAAAGUGUGACAGUGUCGUCGUAUGUGAGAGGAAGAAAAACUAAGUUGCCCAUGAACUCAACGUAGCCUUUAUUCAAAGUUUCGGAAUACUUUGCCUCGGUCUGCAGUGCAGCGACUGCACUCAAGACACUUUUUAUCUUAGUUCAUUCCAAAACUUAAUUAACCAAGAUAAACAGGAUUUCCACAUCUAUAUUUCAUUCUAAACAAGGAUGAGUUUAAAGCCAUUCAGUUAUCUCAUUUUAGAACAUGUCUGAAUACCACUGAGACUUGACUUGACACUUGAAUGACAAAGUACUUUUUGUGACUGAAGGUUUACUGUGAAUCUGAGCAUGCUGUGCAGAAUGGAAAGCUAAACUCAAACAGAUGGACUUUUUCAAAAGAGAAGCCUUAGAAAUAAAUAGCUGACCUUUAUAGUUUUUUUUUCAAACAAGAUCUUUGAGUACACAGAUCUUUACAAAGAAAUCUCCUGAUUAUGCCUUUUCAAAAACAGACCUGCUAGAGCCCCACUAUUAAACAUAGGAUUACUUCACUCAACCAGCAGCCAUUUUUCCUAUCCAACCACUUUUUAUCUACAUAUAAUGUACAAUGAUUGUGUGUGUCAAUGUAUAUUUUAUAUUUUCCCUUUUUUUUUCUUUUUUCUUUUUUUUAAAAUGGUCCUCUGGAUCCCUGAGAAUGCUUUAAAAUCAAGAGUAUUGUAUCUAGAAAUGCUGUCUUUGUCACUCUUUGUUAGCAGUUCGCCAAGGUACAACUGUAGAAUCUGUGAAUUGCAACUUCUAAGUGUAACAGAGCAGACAAGGUACACUUUACACUGGUGCCAAGUGGCUCAGGUGAAUGAUUGCAGUGUAACGUUUUAAAUGUUAAACCUGUGAGUCAUUUCAUUUUUGUGCUUGAUGUGACCUUUUCAAUGCUGUUGUCAUGAAGACAUUUUAAAUGUAUGCAUCCUUGAAAAAUGUAUUCUAUAUUACAGACUUGACCUGUGGAUUGAGGUGGCCUUACAGCAAAAGAACGCUUGGACUGUGUAUGCAGUCUUUCUCCUCUAUUCUCCCUUCUCUCUAUUGCUUAGUUGUGGUAUGGAAGUGUAACAUUUAAAAAUGUAAGCGCCCCCCUUUCUACGCCAAUAUACACAAUCAUUUUGUGCAUUCUUUCUUUUCUUUUUUUUUCUUUUCUUUUUUUUUUACAUGCUUUUUGAGAAAAAAUAAAAUGCUGGUGUUGAUUUAA